UGACUCCUCUACUCCCACAAGUCACAAUUCUACUGGUCCAAAAUUUGCGCCAAACCAUCACCCAUCUAUCCUCCCUCCCUUCUCCUCUCAACCCUCAACCUCCUCCCCCCCUCCCCGUGAAACUUUCUUGUCCCUCGAGAACUCUCCUCAGCAGACCUCUCUCUCUCUGAAGACCUCGGAAGCUGUUUGUAGAAGCAGAAGAACCCAUGGUGGACGGCCAAAUCAGUGUACAUGCUAUUGAUUCCUUUAAUUCGGAUACCUGGAUUAUCUCUUUUAUGCAGACUUGAAAAGGGUUUCUUCGAUGGCGGAUAAUUUGAUGAAUGGUGUAGUAAUGGAUCUUGAUUUGAACCAGGAACCUACGGAGUCAUCUUCUGGUACUGCUUUAGGAUUAGGGUCUUUGUUGAAUGAUUUGGAAACUGCUAAUAGUAGGAUAGAGCAAAGAAUUCUGCAGCUUGCGGCUGUUGCAGCUGGAACUUGGCAACACCAUAGGUGGCGUUCCCAAACUCGUAAUUCUUCUUCUGAUGAUAUUGGUAAUAAUAACGUGGAUAAUGAGAAGCAAGAAAAAGGAUGCAAAAGAGAUAGAUCCCAUUUAGUAGCAAAGGCAUUGGAGAUGGAUUUAGUGGUUAAAAAAGUAGGUAAGGAUGGUGGAAGUGGAAGUUUCUUUGAUUGUAAUAUAUGUUUAGAUAUGGCUAAAGAACCUAUCUUGACUUGUUGCGGCCAUUUAUAUUGCUGGUCAUGCUUUUAUCAGUUGCCUUAUGUUGAUUCGAGUACGAAAGAGUGUCCUGUUUGCAAGGGAGAGGUUAUAGAUGAAAAUAUUACUCCAAUUUAUGGUAAUGGCCACAGUUACUGCUCAAAAGAACUUGUGGAGUGUGGUUUCAAAAUACCACCAAGGCCAAAAGCACAUAGAGUAGAGAGUGUUAGACAGCAGCGUGUGACUCGGGGUUUGUCUCAUAUCCCAGUUGCAGAAGCACUUAGGCGAAUUAGGACCAGUAUUGGAUUGGGGGAUCACCCGUCACAGCAACUUGCGACUGGUGACGUUAGUUCAAGUUCUCUGAGCAGCUCUCAUGAGUUGCAAAAUGCUGAUCCCAUAGGCAGCCGGGGACUACGGUCACGAGUGUUUCCGAGGGUAUUAUCAGAGGGUGCUGCCUCUCUUUCAUCGGAAUUAGAAAAUGCACAGCAGAUGUUUGAGGACCUUGCAGCGUCACUCACAGACCGCAUUCGCGAAAGAAACAAUUCGCAAGUUUUACCAAUUAGUCACGUUGCAGCUGAUGAAGAUAAUUCUUUGAGAAGAGAUGCUGCUAUCAUACGAUCAGAACGUCAGACUCUGGAUUCAAUUGUGGAGACAAGCUCUGCUACGUCAUCUGUUCCUUCCUCUCAAUCAAAUGAAGUUUCUGAUGCUGCACUUCAGUUGGAAAACCUUACAACUGAUGCUGGAAAUCUGCCUGUGAGUCGAUCUUCAUUAUUUUCCAGGAGGAGAAGUGGUUUCUCGAGGCUUUCAGAUUUAGAUAGUGGACUUCUUCGUGAAACAAGAAGAAGAAGAUUGAACUGAUGCCCUUGAAUGAUUGAGGUAUAAUUUCCCUGUUAUCUUCCCUAAAGAAGUAUUACGCUUUCAUUUUAUCCUGUUCAUCGAAUGUAAGUUGCCAACUCUAACUCAGUGACUUAGGUACGCAGUAUUCUCAAAUGUGGUCGAGAUAUUGGUGUUUCCCUUGUUGGAAGUGAUAACAUAUUUAGUUUCAUCUAGUUCAGAGAUUUACCAUGGUGGAUUUGAAAUAUUCUGAUAAUAAGCUUUUCUCAAAAAGAAUUAGCUGCUGAGAUUGUGGCAUCUUGCCUGUACAGCAGAUAGUAGGUACUUUUAUUAGAAAGCAGUGUUAUUCUUUUUGCUUUUUCUACAUUUCGUUACAGUUGAUGGUGGUAACAUGAUAGUUUAAUUUACGUACAUAUUAUCCCAGGUUGACUUAGAGUAAAGUUGAUCUCUUGUACUGAACAUUUUUUUCUGGUUGGUUGGAGUCUGAAGUUUUACUUCUUCUCAUUCUUAGUCUUUCUAUUCUUGCAUAUUUCUUUAAUGAAAUCAGACUUUGUACUUCUA